AUGUGGCCGACCAGUCGGUUGCACCGUCCGUUCAAGCUCGACAGCGCCGACGAAGGGCGCGUCUGCAUCCGGAUGUCUUACGCCGUUUCUACCGGACAGGACCAUAUAGUGCAGUUUGCGGCGGUGGUUUUCUUGGUUGACGGACCCAUCCACCAUGACAAUCCAUCGGCCUCCCGAUUGCGGACCAGACUCAUCCUGCCUCAGAAAGAGUCUUCAUUCGACCUCGUGCUGCCCCGGCUCAUCGGUCCGGAUCACAAUCACUUUUCCUGGUUCAACUGCCUGGUGCACUUUUGCUCUCAGCCGCAGCAGCUGGAGGUAUUCGAUUACGAGUGUCUGUCUGAAGAAUUUGUGCUCUUUCUCAUUGCAGCGUCUACAUGGCGCCGCAAUUUUCACUUGAUCAAGUCGGAUGCAGAGCGGAUCGCGUUUCAUGACGUGGUCAACAGACCAAGCCGCGAGCUCAACACGAGGCUCCACCAUCUGAGGCAAGAUCUUGCCUCGCUCAUUGACGACAUUGAAAAAGACGCCACAAAGUUUGACCUUAGCUAUGAUACACGCUUCGACGUAGGCAGUAUCGGCUCGUAUCGCACCAGAAAUGUGCUAGAAUCGGCCCGGAAGGAUCCCAGAGCGAUCAUCACGGGCGGCCCGGUGCUGAUGGCAUUCCUCAUGGAGACGUUCAACGUGCUCAACGCCACGAUGGGCGUCGUGGCCGCUGAGGACAGCCUCAGGGAGGCCCAGGCCGCGCGGCAACUCAUGUGGCUGGCCUCGGUGUACCUGCCGCUCACGCUGGUGACGGGUAUCUUUGGCAUGAACAUCGAGGCGGUCGAGUUGGCGUUCGCUCCCAAGACUGGGGAUGGCGGCUCUGCAAAGAUUAUGAUUGGCAGUGCGAUCUACUAG